CAACAUCAAUGGCCAUUUCCGCUGUUUCCGUGGCACUGUCGAAGUUCAACGACGAGAUUUCCCGAUCACCGCCGUGCGAGGUCGACGAACGUGUGGAGGACCUGGUGAUAGAGCUAACAUGGAUGCAGUGUUUCCUCGUCGCCGGCGAACGGACGCCGGAAGGGCGUGAAAGGGCCGACGUCUGGUCGCCGGCGAUCGAGCGCCUCGCACUUUAUGCUCAAAAUCUCCACUCCGGUUUGGUUAGCCCAGCCGUCAAGAUUCUGGGGAUUGAAAAGCUCACCAAAAAACUCGCCGCGCUUAGAGAAAAACUGAGCCCUUUUGUCACCGCUCAUGUUGCGAGUUCAUCGGAAGUUCCACCGCCGGCGGCGGCGGUGAAACUCUGUAAAGAAAUAAAAGUGGCGGCGUGGGGAGGUCCGGGAGGACAGAAAUGGGAUUGUAAAGGGAGUUUGAAACAGAUUGUUGUUGUUCAUGGGCUAACCAUUGACUCUAUAACGUUAACCGCCGUGAGGCCGGACGGUGACUCGGAGGUUCCCGCCAAAUUUGGCGGAGGAGGCGGCGAUACAAUCGUCCAAGUGGAUAUUGAUGCUCCAAUGGAAUACUUAACAGGCAUAAGUGGAACCUAUGGUGUUAUUAAUAGUUUAACUGUGAUAACAUCGCUCAAGUUCUACACCAACAGAACUCAACAUGGUCCUAUCGGCAGCUGCGAAGGUGGAGAUUCAUUUUCAUGCAUAGUUGAAGACGGUGAGAUAGUAGGACUCCAUGGGAGUUCUGGGAUUUAUCUUGAUUCUAUUGGAGUCUACACUGCACCAAAAUGAUUCUAUCUCACUUCAUUAUUGACCGGGACAAGUCAACCUAGACUGUGGUACUAUCCUUAUUUGGCUGAAGCAAUGGCGGUCCGAGAAGCUUUGUCAUGGCUUAAAGGGCUUGGUCGAUCGAAUGUUAUUGUUGAGUCUGACUGUUUAAAUUUCUGUUAUGCUUUUAAUUCUUUGGCUUUUGACUUUUUGUAUGUGGGUUUGAUUAUUAAGCAAUGCCGUCGCAUUGCUAGCGAUAUGCACAAUAUCUCUGUGCCCCCGGGAGGUCAGCGAAUCAGGUAGUUUAUGCUUUGGCUAGGCCGAUUGGUUCUUUGUCUGUCCUUGUGUCGUGGGUUUCUUCC